AUGUCUCGCAUCUUUGCACUCGCAGAUGUGUCCAAGCACAAAUCGCGACAGAGCUGCUAUGUAUCGUACAAGGGAUCCGUGUACGAUGUGACGUCCUUCCUGCCUGAUCAUCCUGGUGGCGAUGAUAUUCUCCUGCAAUAUGCAGGCGCGGACGUCGGACAGAUCAUGGGCGACGAAACAGAGCACGUUCAUUCGGCCAGUGCGUAUGACAUGAUGGAAGAGUACAAGAUCGGCGAGUUGGGUGGAGAUGAGAAGAUUGUAUCAGAAGAUUGGGUCCCGAGGGAAGAUUUCCAUCCCGACGAGACGGAUACGUUGGCCGAUUUCAACAGAAACAAGUUCUUAGAUCUAUCUAAACCUCUGCUGGUUCAAGUGUGGAAUGCACCGUGGACCAAAGAAUACUACUUGUCUCAAGUUCAUAACCCUAGGCACUUGAAAGAGAGUGCGAGAUUGUUCGACAAUGACUACCUCGAGGCCUUGACACGUACAAAGUGGUAUGUCGUACCGCUCUUUUGGGGUCCUAUCACCAUCUUUUUGUUCUACCUCUCCAUGAUGCAAUUCACCGACCGCACAUACACCGCCGUGAAUCUCGUCACCCGCCUUGCUCUCCCAUCUGCUUCAGCCGUCGGCAAGACCCUCGCCGCCUUCUUUGUCGGCAACGUCAUUUGGACGAUCCUCGAAUACACUCUCCACCGCUUCCUGUUCCACGUCGACUACUACCUCCCGGAUGCCAAUUGGGCCAUGAUGCUCCAUUUCCUCCUUCACGGCAUUCAUCAUUAUCUCCCCAUGGACAGGUUGCGACUCGUCAUGCCACCUACACUCUUCCUCGCGCUGGAAACACCAUUCACUCGGCUCGCCCACAUCAUCUUCCCUGCCCCUGUGGCAAACGGUAUCAUCGCAGGCAGCUUCACCUUUUACAUGCUUUACGAUUGCAUGCACUACGCCUUGCAUCACACUCGACUCCCACAGUACAUGGCGGAGAUGAAAAAGUAUCAUCUGGCUCAUCAUUACAAGAAUUUUGAGCUCGGAUUCGGAGUCACCUCGAAAAUCUGGGACUACGUGUUUAACACUGUCCUUCCUGUAGCUACCAAAGGCGCUGACACUCUUAAACUUGCAUAA